CUCCCGGCUGCCAUGAGUAGCAUCACCAAGCUCGGCUUCGCCCUAAUCCUAAUCCUCUCGCUAUUCCUCCUCGGCCUCACCGCCGAGAUUCUCUACCUCCUCUUCCGCCGGAGGAGUCACCCCAACUCCGACGACCCUGAGUGCGCCGCCGUCUCCUUCGCUGGCCCCACGCCCCGGGCGAUUCUCUUCCAGGCGCUCUGCCUUAAGUUCAAGCACCGAUCCCGCGUCGAACCCGCCUCCGCCGUCGACCCUUCUCGCGCGAAGGCAACUCCAGCAGGGCCGGAGGAGGCGGAGGCGGAGGCGGAAGAGGAGGAGGAGGAGGAGAGCGAUCUGGCGCGGUGGCGCGCCAUGUGCUUGGGUCCCUCAAGGGCUCUCUAUACCAUCAAGGAGGAGGAAGCCGAGGAGGAGGAGGAGGAGCGCGGAGACGACGAAGCAGAAGAGACGCCGUUCGCGACGCCCUGCGCUUCCCUGCGGUUCGACUCGCCGGCUCCAUCUCCUCCGCUCAAGGUGGCGGAGGCCGGAGAUCCCCCGUCGGGACCCACCGGCUAGGUAGAAGCUCACAGGAACCGCAUAGUGGAAAGCGUACGCACGCCUGUAACAAACAUUUAUGACAGCUCACUGUUUCCUAGUGCAGUAGUCUAUUUUUUUUUGCCUUUUAUUUAUUUACUUACCUUAGCUGAAACUGAAACAUGCUUGUUUUUUACGCACCGGAGGAGGCAUGUUUAUAAUUAUAAUUUUAUUUUUUUAAAAAAAAUUCCCUUGUAAAAAUUCAUGUGCAAAUUAAUGCAAUUAGCAAAUUAGAGGCGAGUCA